CCGAGCAGGGGUCGCGCCCGCCCCCAGCCCGCGAUCUGUGGGUCUAACCUGUCCGCUGCGGCCGCGGGUCCGAGGAUGCAGCCCCGACCACCGCGCCCCCGCCCCCACCGCUCCCAGCAAGCGCCCUGAAUGAACGGACGGAGGAACGACUGCCCCGCCCGGCCGCGGCCCUGCCUGCUGGGGGGCAGGACCAGGACUGUCACCGCCAUGGUGAAGCUGGGCUGCAGCUUCUCUGGGAAGCCGGGCAAAGACCCUGGGGACCAGGAUGGGGCUGCCACGGACAGCGUCCCUCUCAUCAGCCCCCUGGACGUCAGCCACCUCCAGCCACCAUUCCCAGACCAGGUGGUCAUCCAGACGCAGACGGAAUACCAGCUUUCCUCCCCGGAGCAGCUGAAGACGCUGCCUGACCUGGAGGCCCAGAGGCUGGCCUGCAGCCACCCCGAGGAAGGGCGCAAGCUGCCCACCGCCAGGAUGAUCGCCUUCGCCAUGGCGCUGCUGGGCUGCGUCCUGAUCAUGUACAAGGCCAUCUGGUACGACCAGUUCACCUGCCCCGACGGCUUCCUGCUUCGGCACAAGAUCUGCACACCGCUGACCCUGGAGAUGUACUACACGGAGAUGGACCCCGAGCGCCACCGCAGCAUCCUGGCGGCCAUCGGGGCUUACCCUCUGAGCCGCAAGUACGGCACAGAGAUGCCGGCGGCCUGGGGGGACAGCUACCGCGCCAAGAAGGAGCCCAAGGUGCCCACCCCGGCGGGGACCCAAGCGGCCACGGAGCCCCCUGGGAAGCUCACAGCCAAGGCCGAGAAGGAGGCCAGGAAGGCCGCGGGGAGCUCGCCGCCCCUGUCCCCGCAGUGAUGCCCCUGCCGGCCGCUCAGGUGGGCAGUGGGACCACCAGCAGCCAGACCAUGCCUCGCUUGCUCGCAGCCCCCCCACCCCUGGAUCUGAGCCAGCGGCAUCCUGUGGCCGGCGCCGGCGCCCAGCGCUGCCCUCGUGUUUGUGCUCUGCCCCCGGCACCCCUGCCCCAUGUCUGUUGAGACGCAGGCUUUGUUGCUUUCCUGUGAGUAAAGAUUCAUGUCCAUC